GUCGCCACCCCCAUCUCAUCUCAUCAGUCCCAACCGCGUCACGGUGGGCCAUACUGUCAGGUGCUCUAUCCACCCCCCAUCAAUGGCGCUCUCUCUCUCUCUCUCUCUGUUUUUGAUUUUUGCGUAGCGCUUAAAAUCUUCUACCCGCUGCUAAGUUCUGCACUGCUUUUAAUGAUAAAUUAAUUCUGAAUCCCAACAGCUCCCGAUUUUGGACAACGGACAGCCACACAGAAAACGUUGUAUAGUUCAGAAAACAGAGAGAGAGAGAGAGAGAGAGAGAGACGGUAAGAAGGAAAGAAGGAUGUCGGGAGGGGAAGAAGAAGGGACGACGUUGGAAUUCACUCCCACAUGGGUCGUCGCCCUUGUCUGCACCGUCAUAGUCUCCAUCUCCCUCGCCGUCGAACGCCUCAUUCACUACGCCGGCAAGAAUUUGAAGAGGAAGAACCAGAAGCCUCUCUUCGAAGCCUUACAGAAAGUGAAAGAAGAGUUGAUGCUUUUGGGGUUCAUCUCGCUGCUUCUGACUGUAUGCCAGAAUCUGAUCUCCAAAAUUUGCGUCCCCAGCGACAUGCUCACUCACAUGCUGCCCUGCGCCGCCCCGGAGGAGAAAACUUCUAAUUCGACAGAAACUGUUGCCCAUUUUCAAAGCUUCUUCUCGUCUUUAAUCCCUUCUGGCCCUCGAAGGCGCCUACUCGCCGAACAUUCGGAAUCUAAAAAGACCGGUUACUGCGCUCUUAAGAACAAGGUUCCGCUGUUAUCUGAGGAAGCAUUGCAUCAUCUGCAUAUAUUUAUCUUUGUCCUAGCAAUUGUGCACGUGACGUUUUGUGUUCUUACUGUUCUUUUUGGUGGGGCGAAGAUACGCCAAUGGAAGCAUUGGGAGGAUUCUAUUGCAAAGGAUAAUUAUAAUACGGACCAUGUUCUGCAAAAGAAGGUCACCAACGUCCAUCAACAUACUUUCAUUAAGGAACACUUUCUGGGAUUAGGAAAAAAUUCAGCUUUACUGGGUUGGGUGCAUUCAUUCUUCAAGCAAUUUUAUGCAUCCGUGACAAAGUCCGAUUACAUUACACUACGACUAGGUUUCAUUAUGACGCACUGCAAGACAAACCCAAAGUUUGAUUUUCACAAGUACAUGAUCCGUGCCCUGGAAGAUGAUUUUAAGAAAGUUGUUGGGAUAAGCUGGUAUCUUUGGAUAUUUGUCGUCAUCUUCUUGUUGCUGAAUAUUAAUGGUUGGCACACAUACUUUUGGAUAGCUUUCAUUCCUUUCAUACUUCUACUUGCUGUGGGCACUAAGCUGGAGCAUGUAAUUACCCAGUUGGCUCAUGAGGUUGCUGAGAAGCAUGUAGCUAUAGAAGGGGAAUUGGUGGUUAAACCUUCAGAUGACCAUUUCUGGUUUGGUCGGCCACGCAUUAUCCUCUACUUGAUCCAUUUUAUCCUCUUCCAAAAUGCUUUUGAGAUAGCAUUUUUCUUUUGGAUAUGGGUUCAAUAUGGCUUUGAUUCCUGCAUAAUGGGACAAGUUCGUUAUAUUGUUCCAAGGCUUAUUAUAGGGGUGUUCAUUCAGGUACUCUGUAGUUACAGCACCCUACCUCUUUAUGCCAUUGUUGCACAGAUGGGAAGUCAUUUCAAAAAGGCAAUAUUUGAUGAACAUUUGCAAGCUGGUCUCGUUGGUUGGGUUCAAAAAGCUAAGAAGAAGGGGCUGAGAGCAGCAGCUAGUCAGGCAACUUCUAGCCAUGGGUCUACGGCUGGAAUUCAGCUAGGAAGAGUAAUGCGCAAGGAGUCUGCACCAGUGGAUAAUGAAAUUCCGUGAGUGCACUUCAGUGGAGAACACACGGAUGCAGGGGAGAUUUUUUCUUCAAAAGAACUCCUGCUUUGUAAUAUAGUUUUACGGGUUAUUUACAGCUCUAAUUAUCUCAGAAAUCAAAUAAGUUGAAAUGUUUGUCACCGUUAUGUCUUGGCAUUAAACAGCCUUUUUAAGUUCAAUUAUCAUGUCGGUGGUUGAAAAUUUUUCAA